AUGCAGAAUAACACGAAUGGUUUGGCCGUUAGCGCUCCUGUAAACUCUAUUACCAUACACUCCGAUCAUCAGAAUGAGCAAGUAGCUCCAUCUCCCCCAAGAACCAGACCAUCAUCAUCCUGGUCCUCAUCCUCCUCCAUCUCACCAUCUGGAUCUCAACCCCCUUCACCGAGGAGAGCACGAUCCUCCACUCCCUCUCCCCCAACCCUCCUCACCACCCGUCAAAAAGACGAAGAAUACUUCCUCUACCAAGAAACCCACAACAAGAUCCUUUCUCAGAUCAACGAGCGCGCAAGCGGUAUCCCAAAUCCGGAUAGCAACAACAUCGGUAUUGCCACGGGAGAAGAAUCAACGAGACAAUAUCUCAUUUUGAAAACAAUUGAUACAUGCUCCUCAUAUGAAGUCAAGGAAAUCGGAAUCUUCCUGAGUUGGAAUCGCUGGGUCAGAUUGUGGGUGCAGAAUUUGCUAGAUGGUGCAGAGGAGAUGAUGAGGAGAGAGGGGAAGGUCGUGGAGUAUAGGUGGAGAGAUGUGGUGGAGGAGUUGGUGGUAGGGAAUAGGAUUGUGAGGGAAUUGUUGACGGGUCUGUUGUUGCGAAAGGUGGAGGAUGGGAGGUGGGAGGUGAGGAGGUUUCUGGAUGGGGAUAUCGCGAAGCGUGUGGAGGAGUUGAGGAUGGGAUGGGGAGGUUUGAGAGAAGAUUUGAUGAAGGGGUAG